UUCUGAAGCACUCCAAGUACCCUGCCUUUCAGGACAGCAGCCAAGAGAGAAAUUCCUUGCCUCAACAUGAACUCCAAGGUUGUUGUUGCAGUUCUGGCUCUAUUCGUGCUCUCCAGCUCUCUGACGGAAGGUAAGCAAGACAUUCCCGCUGAACUUUAUUUAAAGAGUCCCAGGGGCUGCGCUUACGACCGUAGCCGCAGAUACCACAAUCCUACAGGGAUAAGGAGGGGGAAGAAUAGCUGAUAACGCAGAAACAGUUCCUCAAGCUUGUUAAGAAGAAUGUGAGCCAAUGAGAUUAAAUACGAUGUUACGCAAAGUGAUUAUAUGUAAAACCCAUAAAAAUUAUUAUUAAAAAAUAAGUAAAUCAAAGAAUGCUUAAGAUAAACAGAGCUUCAAAUCCGCAGAUAUGUUUGCCACCCUUGUUUUACAUUGCUCCUUUGGGCAUAUCUUCACUUAUGUGGUAUAGUUUAUUAAAUAAAUUCAGGGAGGGUAGGAAAUUAUUAGGUUUUUUAGGUAUCUAUUGCCUUCCCCCAAAUUGAAAUGCUUUUUAUUGAUGAUGUCUAAGUUGGUGCAUCAAUUAAAAUGAAACCUGCAGUCGUGAGCAACGGUCCGCUGUUUAGGGUAGCUGCUAACCCUAAUGUUGAGAUUCCUGCAUUGCAGGGGGUGGGCUAGAGGACCUUUGGGGUUCCCUACGAUUCUAUGACUCUAUGACUCUAGCUCAUAAAAAUACAAGGAGGCACUACCAGCUGAAUGGCGUGGAAGAGGCCUAGAGAAAAGCAGUUUUUUAAGUUGUGCUUUGGGGGCAGGGGUACAGAUGUUCAGUGUAAAGAUGUUUCGUAAAGAGAGUUGUCCCAUUUAACCGGUUUCUAUCCUUCUGCUCUUUCAUAGGUGUCUCACUGGCCCGGAUCGGGAGCGAGUUGCGCUGCCAAUGCAUAAGCACCCAUUCCAAGUUCAUCCCGACCAGACACAUUCAAGAUGUCAAACUGACCCAAAGCGGACCCCACUGCAAGAACGUCGAAAUCAUGUAAGUCCGCUUUUCAAAUUUGAGUCUCUCUCUUGCUAGAUUUAGAGCCCCAUCUACCAAGACAGGACGCAGGUGGCGCUGUGGGUUAAACCACAGAGCCUAGGACUUGCUGAUCAGAAGGUCGGCGGUUCAAAUCCCAGAGACAGGGUGAGCUCCCGUUGCUUGGUCCCUGCUCCUGCCAACCUAGCAGUUCGAAAGCAUGUCAAAGUGCAAGUAGAGAAAUAGGUACCACUCUGGCGGGAAGGUAAACGGCGUUUCCGUGCGCUGCUCUGGUUCGCCAGAAGCGGCUUCGUCCUGCUGGCCGCAUGACCCGGAAGCUGUACGCCGGCUCCCUCGGCCAAUAAAGUGAGAUGAGCGCUGUAACCCCAGAGUCGGUCACGACUGGACCUAGUAGUCAGGGGUCCCUUUACCUUUACCUACCAAGACGUUCAGCAGCGAAAAGGCCCAUUGCACAACUCCCAUGUGUUUAAAACUCCCAGCUGGAUCGUUUCCCAGUAGAUUGUGCUUGUGGGUAACAACAGCAACAACAACAACAACAACAACAUAAUUUAUUAUUUAUACCCCGCCCAUCUGGCUGGGUUUCCCCAGGCACUCUGGGUGGCUUCCAACAAAAUAUUAAAAUACAAUAGUCUAUUAAACAUUAAAAGCUUCCCUAAAGUGUCUUCCCCAGUUGUGGAAAAGAAAUAGCAAGGUAUCAUGAACUAUUCUGCUGAAACUGUAACUGGAUAUUCUUUAAAAAGUUGAUUAUUAGGGGAUUAGGCACGCCCCACCCCCCAUUUAAGACAUUUAACCAAGUAGUUAGGUUCUUGCCAAUGUUCUUGCAUCAUGAAUGUAUCAAAGGGUGUUAUAUAAAUCUAAACAAACAGACAAAUAAACAAAUAAGUAACACUCUGCAACGAAGAUGCCUGACCUUCCUGUUUCCCUUUGCUUGCAGUGCUACUCUUAAGGACGGGAAAGAAGUGUGCUUGGAGCCCACAGCUAGAUGGGUGAAAGUGAUCAUCAAAGCCAUCCUUGAUAAGUAAGUUGUCAUUCUCUUCUGGUUUUAAGAACACUGCAAUGCUACGCACAUAUAUAUUUGGGAGUAAGCUCCAUUGGAAACAGUGAGACUCUGGCCCAUACAUGCCUAAAACUGUGCUGCAAAGCUUAUUUUCAAUUAGGUUUGUGCAAGAAAACUUCCAGGUGCCAUUGUCCCCGUGGGUCUGAUUUGUCCCUUCUCCUUCCAGAUAUACCCCAAAUCCUUCACCUGCCCCUCUUUGCAGGCUGCUUCCACAACCAGACAAAUGUUCAUAAACCUUGUGAUCAAUAACUAUAAUGUUCUAAUGGCUAACAAAAGAAAACGGGAUACACAAAGGAGAUAUUUCGUUGCCUUAGCCCUGGACCAAGCUUGUGGUCCUCCAGAUGUCCCAUAAGCCCUAGUGAGGACAAGCAACGAUGAUGGGAGUUGUAGUUCGACAAUAUCUGCAGGGCCGCCGAUUCCCCAUCCCUGCCACAGACCAUGGCUAAGUCCCUGAAAUAUUAGGGUCAUCUAGUCCAACCCCCUGCAGAGAAUGAUUUUCGUUGCUGCAAUCUUUGCAAGAACCAGGCUUAACUGGGCAUAUCUGAACAGAGACUCAGGGCGCACUUCCACUUUCCCCAUGCCUAGAAACAUGGGUCAGAGCCAUUUUCUGCUUGUCCUGAGCUCUCUAGGCCUGAAUCUGAACAUUUUUGUCUCUGCUUUCCUCCAGAAAACCCCCUCUUCGGUGCUAAAACAGAACAAACAGCAAUCCGUGGAACACUCAAUUGCUUUUUGUUCCAAAUUCGCACUAAAGAUCAGGUUUCCCCAGGGGAAAGCAGGAGGGCAAGCAGAGGUUUGAAACCCUAUCAUACGAUGUUAGUAAGCAUGACUCCAUGUCUCAGCUUUGCCUAUAAACUGAAUCAGACCUUUAAUGAUACUGAACAUCUGUUUUUUGCUUUUUACAAAUAGCUUAUUUCAGUUCUCCCGGGCCAUUCUGUCGACUUGUUUCUAACCUCUCCUCGCUUUUCCUUUAUUCCAGGGCUCAAGCCAGUGCAGAAUCCCAGCUAUAAGGAAAAAACUUUCAGAAUCUCUACUGUUUUGCUUCCUGAAAGAAGCUGAGCCAUUUCUACCAAGCCUACUUUAUAUAAGAGCCUUUUAUAAAUGGGGAUAUUUUGGUCUUAUUUAUGUAUUUAUUUUACAACUUUGCUGAUAGAAAACCCUUUGUAAGGAUGUAUUUAAAAUAAGUGUAAAAGGAAGGCCUUGUGCAGGAAGCAGGAAGAUGAGGUGGUUAAGUCAAGGUGAUUUGGAAAGUGGAAUGUAUUGCUAAGUGCAGUAGCAAUAGUGGUGAAACUGUGUGUACACCAAGCCAUUAUUAUAGUACAAAUUGGCAAAUCCUGGUCCCUUGGGGCACAGGCAAAGCUAACACAGUUGCAUCAAGAGAGCCAGCUACAUACUGUUGAUCACUUUAGUAGUUACAGCACCAGGAGACACGGGUUCAAAUCCCCACUCAGCCAUGAAACUCAACCUAUGGCCUUGGGCUGGUCUGUAUUUGUCAGCCAAAUCUACCUCAUGAGGUUGAGGGGGAAAGAGCUGUGUGUGAUGCUCCAAGCAACAGAGGAAGGGUGGGAUGAAAUGUUAUUUAGUUAAUAUCUGUCAUAUCUGAAGUGCCUUUCAGAUAUAUAUAUUUUUUCACUUUCUAACCUAUUUAUUCACAUGGUCAUAUCUGAAGUAAUUAUUUGUUGUCCUUGAAAUCUUCUGUCUGAUUUUUAUUUUUAUUAUUAUUAUUAUUAUAAAAUAGUCAUAUUUAAGUUGGGGGGGGGAUCUUAUUUAUUCAAAUGGUUUGUCACAGCACAGCCUGAAGUUUUCCUCACUUGAGAAUUCCUCACGCAGAGAUGCCAUUCUGAAGCCUCGCGUUUGCACAUGAGAUGUCUUUAUUUAUGUAUUUAUUGACCGAGAAAUGUUGAGCACUGUCAAAGCAUGUUUGCCUGUGUGCAACGGAAUAAAUUAUUUUCAUGUUGAAA